GGGAUGUCAAAACAGGAUAAUAAAAAGCCAAAUUAGAUGGUCAUUCAUAUGCUGUGAUGUCAGUCUGUUUCUCUCCUGAUGGAAAUAUAUUAGCUUCUGGUAGUGCUGAUUACUCUAUCCGUCUAUGGGAUGUUAAGACAGGAUAAGAAAUUAAAUCCUCUGAUAAAAACUACAAAGAUAUUCUUGCUUAAUUUAAACUACCACUCAUGAAUAGUUCAUUAUUACCAAAUAGUAGUUGUUUUAUUUAUUAUUAUUUAGUUAAUCCAGAUUGUAUCAUACUUAGAAUUUGUUAGAAUCCUUUAUUAGAAGCAUCAUGUACCCUUAUCUUAUAAGGAGAAUUUAUAAACCAUUAAGGAAAAAAUUUAAAACCUUUAUUUAAAUCUAAAGGAAGUUGCUUUUUAGAAGACUUAUAGAAAAAGUGA